CAACUAAUUCUGCAUCUUGGCUAUUUUUGUGAUUCGAUUUUUAGAACGGCACGCUAUUAGAAACACAUUAGAAUAAAGCCACUGCCCCAAUUUUUAAUAGGGUAAAAUCAUAUAAUCAAACAAAAUUAAAGUAGAUGCAGGUGAAAAGCGAUAUAUUUCAGUGUAAAACUUAUUUUCCCAUCAUAAACUAGGUCAAGUUCAUUUUUGUAUAUCAAAGUGAUGGAAAACUGCUGAAAAACUGUUCGCAGAGAAACAUAUGCAGGCGAAAAUUGCAGUUACCACAGUUGCGAGAGCACCAUCUCAUAUACAGUUGGGCAGCCAUUGGUCUGGCAUCUUUUUUGAACACAUAGAACAGCAGCAACAACAAAAUGAGUCAGUGUCUGCCUGUAAACGCGAAGAUGUCGAAAGCAAAGAAAGUAUUGGAUGAAGCCAGGGAAACGCAAAACCGGGAACUGGACCUGGUGGAGAAGGGUCUCACUUCCUUCGAGGAGCUGCCCGGACUGUUCAACAUGUCUAAUAUCACCCGACUCACGCUGUCGCACAAUAAGAUCAGUGUGAUCAGUCCGGGAAUCGCGAAUUUGCUCAAUUUGGAAAUUCUCAACCUGUCGAACAACCAGCUAGCCGAGCUGCCAGUUUCGCUAUCGUCCAUGCCAAAGCUGCGCAUCCUGAAUGUGUCCAUUAAUCGGCUGGUGAACCUACCGCGUGGGUUUGGCGCCUUUCCCGUGCUGGAGGUUCUCGAUCUGUCGUACAACAAUCUGAGCGAGCAAGUGCUGCCCGGCAACUUCUUUGGCAUGGAGACGCUGCGCGCCCUGUAUCUGGGCGACAACGACUUUGAGUAUAUACCCAAAGAGCUGGGCCAACUAAAGAAUCUGCAGAUACUUGGACUGCGCGACAACGACCUUUUGGAACUGCCGCGGGAGAUUGGCGAGUUGGCUCGUCUGCGGGAGCUGCACAUCCAAAACAACAGGCUGCAGGUACUUCCGCCCGAGGUGGCUCAGCUGGAUCUGCUGAGCAACAAGUCGGUAAUGAAAAUGGAGGAGAAUCCCUGGGUGAAUCCCAUUGCCGAGCAAUAUCUGUUGGGCAUCAGUCACGUGAUUGAUUACCUCAAAACGGAGACCUACAAAAUCAUCUACAAUCGCCACAUGCAGGCCGGACGCAGCGGACCACCUCCACCGAAGGCCGACAAGAGCAAGAAGGCCUCUCGAAUACGCGCAUAAGUUGGUGGGAGCCACUGAUAGCUUCGGUCAGCAGAGGCCUCAACUCAAUUUUGUUCGUCUCGUUUGUAGUUAACCAAAACCGUUUUUUGUAUACUAAUUUUUAAGUAUUUGUAACUUAUUGUCUUACUGCUAACAAAAAAUAAAAAUGAU